CUCAGGAACAGGCAUCUCAGUUCCCCCCAACACGCACUUUUGAAAUCGAACAAGAAUAAAAGCCAUCAUGGACCUGAACUGCUCCAGUCUCCUGGACGACCUCUUCCAGGGGCAGGAAGAACUGCCCCCCAACAGCACCCUCUCUGCGACAGACCCCAAACCCAACUACUUGCUUCAAGACCACGCUUAUGGAUGCGUCUUGAAUAAAGGUUAUGAGCCCUGGGUACCCGGCAGAGAGCAGGGAGUGAACGACAGCGACACAGAGGAUCUCUUACAGUUGCUAAUCAACCCCAACGACAUUUACAAUUCAAGGUCCCCCACUGCCUCUCCCGAGAGCGACAGCGGGAUCUCCGAUGAUCCCUGUGCAGACGCCCCACUGCAAGCCGAUCCAAAUCCCCCAGACUCGUCUCCUACUGUCAUCUACGAGGUUAUCUGCGACACGGGAUUGGUGGAGGAUGCAGGCCUGCCUGAUCACGUCUUUUCUAGCUCCCUAGGAAACUGGACGUCCCCAGUGAUUCUGCCUGAGGCCUGUGUCCCAAGAGAAGUAUCCCUCCGCCUCCUUGAGAAUGCGGCCCAACCCAACAUGACAGGGCUUGCAAUGGAUCCUUUGGAGCAGCUACACCUCCCUCCAGGACUCUACUUGACGGAUGAAGAAAAACGUCUGCUAAGCCAAGAGGGCAUCUCACUGCGCAGCAACAUACCCCUUACAAAGGCAGAAGAGCGAAUCCUGAAGAAGGUACGGAGGAAAAUCCGGAACAAGCAGUCGGCUCAAGAUAGCCGCCGGCGCAAGAAGGAAUACAUCGACGGGCUGGAGGGCCGGGUGACUGCGUGUUCGGCCCAGAACCAGGAGCUGAGGAAGAAAGUGCAGCAGCUGGAAACGCACAACGUGUCGCUGCUGGAUCAGUUACAAAAGCUGCAAAAACUCAUCAAGCAGACGUCCACCAAGGCAGCCCAGACUACCAUCUGCCUCGUGAUCCUCAUCUUCUCCCUUGGACUCCUGAUCCUGCCCAGUUAUAGCUCAUUGCUCGGUGGAACCCAGAUCAGUCGGGAUGACUACAAACCCUCUGGAGUGAUCUCCCGAAACAUCCUGACCAAAGGGGGGCUCUCUGAUCCAGAAGAGCCCCCAGCUGCUUCCGCCGAUCCAGAAUUGCCCCGGGUUCGAAUCGAGUUGACCCAGGAAGGUCCUGGCACCAGCGACGAAGGGCAAGGGUCUAACGGGACACCCGGCAUCUUGGGGAAGGGGGUGAUGGUGAACACAUCCGAUCCUGGGGCACUGAGGAUCCCCCCAGUGGAACCAAAGGAAGGUUUGCUGGCGAAAUCGACGAGGCCCGAACCAGACAAAGACCCAGCGAAGCAAAUGCAUGCGGAUGAGAUGUAGGCCCUGCGGGAACGGGAAACUGGUUGUAUCAGAGAGAAGCCGCAGGCCUCCAAAGAAUCCAUUUGGGACUCUUCUCCUCCCCCGGGGCAGUUUCCUGUUCGUAGCCUCAAUCCCCUCCGGGGCGAUGCAAGCAGCUAGACAUCUCUGAGGAGAGAGCCCAUCAAGGAAGCUGCUAGCUUCAAAAAUUAUUAGGGGUGGUAGAGUUGGCCUCCAAACAACCAAUCUGGGCUGGAUGGGAACUGUGGCUGAGGCCUGGAAUGCAUAGGGGAAGUCAUAAAGGGCACCCCUGAGCAUGCACAGAGCGCAUUUCCCUUGCACUGCCAAGGAACUGCAACAAGCCCAGAUGGGGGAGUGAGGAGCAGGGCUUAGAAAAAGAGUGGACCUUUCUCUCCAUCUUUUAAUUAAUCCUUGGAGAGUCGGAGGAUGCAAUUACAGGUGUGAAGCGCUGCAGGUGAUGUAGUCAGGGAGGCGCUUUGGGGGAAGACGCCGUGGCUUUCCAGUUUCGCUCUAGCCAGGCUCCGGUAGCUGAACCCUGGAAUGUGUGAAGAAGCAACGAGGGUGCCUCUGAGCACAGGAAAAGU